GGGCGGGGCGGGGCGGGGCUGCGCGGGGCGGGGCGGGGCGCGGGCCGCCAAGUGCGGACGUGAGCGCGUCGGCCUCCUGGACGGGCCGCCCCCGCCCCCGCCCCCGAGGAAGGCGGUGGCGCGGGCCCUGCGUCAGCGGUGGGAAAUCCCCCUCCGGCCCGGCCGCCUGCCUCCUGGCGGGGCGAGCGCGGGUCUCUGCCGCGCUCCGCCCCCUGCCCCUGGCUCGCGCUCCCUGUGGACCCGCGACGCCGGGUGACCGGAGCGCGAGAAUCAAGGGGGUGGGAAGGUGUGAGCCGCAAGCCCGGAGGAGGGCGGGAAGGAGGAGGAGACCCGGGGGUGGACUGGGGGACUGGGGGUCCCGCCGGCAUAGGUCCCACGGCCGGCUGACUGAAGGGCGGCGGCCUCCGGUCCCGGCGUUUGGAGCGGGCGACGCGGCGAGCAGCCAUGGCCUCGGGUGGGUAUAACCCAUAUAUAGAGAUAAUUGAACAACCCAGGCAAAGGGGAAUGCGCUUUAGAUACAAAUGUGAAGGACGAUCAGCAGGUAGCAUUCCAGGGGAGCACAGCACGGAGAACAACCGGACAUACCCGUCUAUCCAGAUUAAGAACUAUUAUGGAAAAGGAAAAGUGAGAAUCACACUAGUAACAAAGAAUGACCCAUAUAAACCACACCCUCACGAUUUAGUAGGAAAAGACUGCAGAGAUGGCUUCUAUGAAGCAGAAUUUGGACAAGAACGCAGACCUUUGUUUUUUCAAAAUUUAGGUAUUCGAUGUGUAAAGAAAAAAGAAGUAAAAGAAGCUAUUAUUUCGAGAAUAAGGGCAGGAAUCAAUCCGUUCAAUGUCCCUGAACCACAGCUGCUUGAUAUUGAAGACUGCGACCUAAAUGUGGUGAGAUUAUGUUUCCAAGUUUUCCUACCUGAUGAACAUGGUAAUUUAACAACAGCUCUACCUCCCAUCAUCUCUAACCCAAUUUAUGACAACCGGGCUCCUAAUACUGCAGAAUUAAGAAUUUGUCGUGUAAACAAGAACUGUGGAAGUGUCAGAGGGGGAGAUGAAAUAUUUCUACUCUGCGAUAAAGUCCAGAAAGAUGAUAUAGAAGUUCGGUUUGUGUUGAACGAUUGGGAAGCAAAAGGCAUCUUUUCACAAGCUGAUGUUCACCGUCAGGUAGCCAUUGUUUUCAAAACACCGCCAUACUGUAAAGCUAUAAUGGAACCCGUAACGGUCAAAAUGCAAUUGCGGAGACCUUCUGACCAGGAAGUUAGUGAAUCUAUGGAUUUCAGAUAUCUGCCAGAUGAAAAAGAUAUGUAUGGCAAUAAAGCAAAAAAACAAAAAACAUCUCUACUUUUUCAGAAACUGCGGCAAGAUUGUGUUAAUUUUCCUGAAAGAACUAGACCUGGCCCCCUAGGAUCAACUCCAGAAGGAAGAUUCAUCAAAAAAGAAUCAAACUUGUUUUCACAUGGUCCAGUUUUGCCAGACAUGCCCAGGAUUUCAGGAAUUUCGAGUCAACCAGAAUCCUACUAUCCCUCUUCUGCAUCCAUCUCAAGUGUAUUGUCACAUCAUACUUCAGUCUUACCCUCAGUGGUCCCACAACCUUCUCCAAGUUGGUCAUCAGUGGCCCGCUCCACUUCACACUCAGUCAGUACAAAUUCAGUGAAUUUUUCAACAGAAAUAGUUUCUUCUAAUUCACAAGAUAUGACAUCAUUCCUAAACCCAUCUGCUAUGAGUGAUUUGAGUCCUGCUAAUGCUUGCCUUUUUAACAGUAUUGAUGACAUAGGCAGAAUGGAAGCUUCAUCAAUGUCACCACCUGACUUAUAUGCUAUUUCUGAUGCCAGCAUGCUACCUAACUGCUCUGUGAAUAUAAUGACACCUAGUAAUGACAGCAUGAGGGAGACUGAUAAUCCAAGACUUAUGAGCUUGAAUAUUGAAAACCUCUCAUGUAAUUCAGUGUUAGACCCCAGUGACUUGAGACAACUCCAUCAGAUGUCUUCAUCCAGUAUAUCAACAGGUGCCAGUUCCAGUACUACUGUUUUUGCUUCACAAUCAGAUACAUUUGAGGGAUCUGACUUCACUUGUACAGAUAAUAGCAUGAUAAAUGAGUCUGGACCAUCAAAUUGUACUAAUCCCAACAGUCAUAGUUAUGUUCAAAGCACUCAGUAUUCAGGUAUUGGUACUAUGCAAAAUGAGCACCUAAGUGACUCGUUUCCAUUUGGGUUUUUUUCAAGUUAACUUGUUAGAUUUAAAUGGUGAAUCAAGACUUAAUUUUUUUAAAAAAUGUUUUGCAGCCAUUAGAUGCUACCUAUAUAGUUACAGCAUUUUCUAUUUCUCUGAUCAGAAAUUAAAAACAGGGUUAUGGUGAUUUGUAUUUUGUAAACUUCAUAUUUGAGGUAUUAUAGUUCAAAAGCUUAUUCAUCAGGAAGAAACAUAAAAUCUUGGAUAUGUGGAAGAUAACCUCUAACAGAGAGUCUUGGCUUUGGAGAAUUCCUCAUUUAGCUAACAGAUAGACGCAUUUAUUUCCACCUUCAUGAAGAACUGGGGGAAUAAAAGUACAGCAUUUACAGAAAGCUUUUGCUUCAAGACUGAAUCAAUCCUCACAGAUUGAACUUCUGGCUUAUGAUUCCAUGUGGAAUCCUACAUGCACAAAAAAAUUUAUUUAAAUCAGCUCAUUUCAACCAAGGUUAAAUCACUAUUAGGCCAUAAGAAAUGUAUAAUGAUCUGUGACAGGUUAAGUUGAAUAAAAUCAGUUCUUCUAUUAAAAGAAAACCUUUGAGGUAUACAAAUUUUGAGUAUACCUUUGUAGAAUACAAAGUUGGAAACUAUCAUAUAAGGAAAAUUCCAACAUAGAAACUUAAGAGUUUGAUAUUGUCUGGUCUUUUGAAACAUGUGACCUGAUAAAAUGUACACUGGGAAUUCUUUCUCUGAGUCCUGCCACAUUUCUUAGGACAGACAGAGGAGAAUUAGAAUAAGGAUCAAAUUUUCCUAAGUAUGCGUUUUUUAUACUUCUGUAAUGUAUUAAUGUAUUCUUAGUUAAACAAAUUAAUUGAUAUUUGCUUUUAAAAGCAAAUUUAAGGUAAAACCUGUAAUGGCUAUGCCAUUGAAAAAAAAUUUACUUUAUUUUUGAAGCUUAUGGGCCAAGGUGACCCCUAAGGGGUUUUCUGAAGCUUUGUGGAGUUUUUUUUAGAUGUAUAUGUCAAUAAAAAUUUCAAAAUGCUAAGUUAGGCAGAAGGCGAUUAAAGUAAACUUUCAGGGUUCUUUGUUUUGGACUUAAUACUGCUUAUAAUCUUAAUGUUAAGGGAAAUAAGUGUCUUGGACUACUCCUUUUGUGUUUUUAGUACCUUUAAUCUCAUCUAGUUUUAUACUGUCAACUUGCCAGUUUUACCUUAGCAGAGACCUGUCCCUUGACCUCUAGACUUGGAGAGAGAUAGAGAAAUAGAGAGAGGGGGAGCAAGGGAGGGAGAAGAGUGUGUAAAACUGCUUAUUUAGCAUUUAUGCCUAGAAAUGUAAAGCUUAAACUCAACACAUCCAAAGCUGAGUUAUUAAAUCCUCCCUCUCAAACUACUUCAAGUCUUCCUCAGUUGAGUAAAUGGCAAUGCCAUGCUUCUAUUUGUUCAGGUCCAAGCCUGGUGUCAUCCUUAGUCUUUCCUUUUUCUCUUUCUUUUCUCCCACAUUCAAUUCAUCAGCAAAUCUGGUAUGCCUUACUUCCAAAAUAAUCCAAAAGGCAAUCACAUCUUUUGAACUCUACUACUAAAAUCCUCAUCCAAUGCUCUCUUGCCUAAGAUGGAAGCUACUGUUUUCCCAGCAGCAACCAAAGAAGGUUUUUUGUUUGUGUGUUUGUUUGUUUUUGCCAGAGCACUAUUCAGCUCUGGUUUACGGGGGGGGGGGGGGGGGGGGGGGGUUGAACCUUGAAUAUUGGAACCUGAGGCAUGAGAGCCUUUUUGCACAACUAUUAGGCUAUUUCCCUUCCCCCAAAGUGAUUCUUUUUUUUUUUUUUUUUUAUAACAAGCCACACCAUAUCCUUCAUCUAUUCAUAUCUAUCCAGUUGAUCUUCAGCUUACUUAAAGACUAUAUUCCUUAAGGUUAGCAAGCCCACACUUUCCUACCUCCCUCAUUGAAGCUUUAGGUACUGCUCAUAUGGCUCCAUUGCUCCUAUUAAAAAUGCCAGUCAUUGCUGCCUCACACUUUUGUGCUCAUGCUCUGUCUGCCUCGAUGUUUUACAAACACAUACACACACAGACUUAUUCCUUCAGUCCUACUCAGGCAUGAAUAUAUAGCAUGUCUAUAUUUGUGCACAGUACUUGUUCAACACUUCAUUGUGAUCAUACUUGGCUAAGCAACUAUUUAAUGCUUAUUUUACUAUACUGAAAUAUGAACUCCAUGAGGGUAGACAUUUUGUUUUGCCUGUUGAAUCAGAAAUGUCAGCCUCGCUAUUAAGCAGUCAGUAAAUAUUUAACAUACAAAAUACUAUUUAUUUUUUGAAAACAUCUUUAACAGCUAGAUUUUUAUAAUUCUCUAAAGUAACAUUGGAUUUACAUCAGAACUGUAUAUUUUAAGCCAUUAAUAAAGGUAACCAAAUUAUUUGAAAUUACUCCCAGUGGCAAAAUGAUAGUAGGAUUUGGGAAGUAAUCUUAAUUGUGAUAGAUUCUGUAUGAUGAUAAGUAUAACUAACACAACCUAGCUUAGUUUAUUUUAUAACUAGACCUGCCAAAAAUUUGAACAUAUUCCUAGCUAGAAACAUUGUGUAAUUUCAUUUAUGUACUAUCCAACCAAACCAUACAUUUGCUAAAAUAAUUCAGUCAAAAUCACCAAUGUGUAAAUGUCAUGCAGAUAUAAAUUUGGAAUUGAAUGAUAAUGGAAAGAAAAGAUUUGGAGGCUAAGGUAAUUCAGGAAACAAAAUGAUUAAAGAUAAUCUUACUAAAUAUGAUUACAUUAUCAGAAAUUAUUAUUACAAAAAUGUCUGCUGUAAAAGUUCAAGAAUUAUAAGCACAUAAAAUACUUUAGUAGGACUUAACAAUCAAAAAAACCUGACAGCAUAAUUUCUCCUUCAUUCAAAAUAUGAACUCAGGACAUCUCAAAUAGUCACUAAUAAGUAGUGAGCUAUACAGUAUCUUAUAAUUUGUGUUAAUUAGCCUGAUCAAUUUAAACUGUGAGAAAAUCUUAAUCUUAAAAAAAAAAAAAGCAGCUGUUUUCAAGUGUUUUCUUUAUAAGCCAAAUUAAGGUACUGCUACUUCUGUGUUUAGAGUAUUUUCAGUAGACUUUUCAUUUUUCAUGUUAUUUAUUGAUCAUAGAAUUUAUUUUGUACUAUAAGAAGAAUGUGGCAACCUGAUUUUCCUCUCUCUUAACAUAUUUACAUUUUUGCCUGUCCAUAUAGCAUCCUAUUCUUAGUUUCUGAAGAAAAGGUGGCCUUCCUUCCUACCCCCCCCAGUAUCAUUCUAUUGAGGAAAUGUUGACGUACAGGAUUUUUGUUGUCACAAAAGUACUUGCUACAUUUCACCCUUAGCCAAACCAUCAUCUUGUUUCACUAUAGGAACUUGAGUUCCCCAGUCCUCCGUUGCCCCUUCUGAAUAUCUUAAUGUGGUGAUAAAAAUUAUAGUCUUUUGAGGAUUUACCCUGUAUUGUCCUUUGUUUAGUUUCCUAGAUCUAUCUUCUUCUGACUUAUGUAGUAUGAUUUCCUUUAGUUCCAUCCAUGUUGUAGCCAAGAAUUUAUCAUUAUUAAUUAUUACCACCGUGUAAUAUUUCAUUACUUACAUAUGCCAUUUUUUUUCUUUUACAAAUCAUUUUAUUUGGAUAAUGGUUUAUAGUACAGUUGUUGAAACAUGGGUACAAUUUCUCAUCUCCGUGUGACAGAUGUCUGCAAAAAAUUCUCACCUCCAAUAUAUAUCCUUUCCAUCCUCAUGCACUAGGAGUCCUUUGCUUUGGUGCAAUGUACCACACCAAAUCCAAGUUUCACCCUGUGUUUUUUUCUUUCUUUCAUUGUUUCUUAACUUCUGUCUGUAAUUGAGAUCACUUUGUAUUCAUCCUUUUUUUUUUUUUUUUAACCAGAUCACUGAUCAGCUCUGGUUUAUGGUGGUGCAGGGGAUUGAACGUGGGACUUCAAAGCCUCAGGCAUGACAGUCUGUUUGCAUAACCAUUAUGCUAUCUACCCCCUUUUUUUCUUUUUAGCUUAUCUCAGUUAACAUGAUUCAAUAUUCAUCCAGGAUGAGGCAAAGGAGAUGAUUUCAUCAUUUUUAAUAGUAUUCUGUGAGUUCUAUAAAAUAUUUAAGAAAGAGCUACACCUGUACUUUUCAAGCUCUUCCAGUGACUUUUCUAUUUAAGCUUUACUUCAAACCCACACAGUGGAUUCUUUCAUCUCUCACAGCUAUAUUCUCACAGCAUAGUUUAAUGCUUCUUUUCUUUGUAUAAAAUUGGGAAAUGUCCACUAAAAGUGCUUUUUGUCCUUUUCUUCACAUUCAAAAUUAUAAAAUGCCUCCAUCUCCCCUCUUCCCAGCCAUUCAUUAGCUUAUCAAGCUCUCUUCACCUUCUACUAUUUUCUUAAUGACAUUCUGGGGAAAAAUGACCAGAGAUAUUCUCUCAUAACAAAUCUAAUAUUCUUCGUUCCCAUCUUGCUUGACCUUUUUGUAAACUAUCUUCACCACACCCUUAAAGCACACAGCUUUAAGCCUUCUGUGGUAAAUGAAAUAAUUCUCUAACGUUGGUAUUUUCCCAGGCUUAACUCACGUUCAUUUGGCACUAUUUUCUCACAUUGAUCUCAUCUGUACUCACAGCUUCAGCUUUCUCUCAUGCUACCUAAAUGCUUUUUGUAGUCUGGUUCUUUAAUGGCAUUAUCAUUUACAUUUUACUUUUUCCCCCUCAUACCAAGUUACAUUUUACUUUUUCUCCCUCUCAUCAAGUUCUUUUGUUUCCUAAAAGUUUCCUGUAUUUUUCCCCUUUUUAAAUUUCUGCUGCUUUUACAGUAUAGUUCUUUAUUCUUUCCCUCCUAACAUGAAUCUUUUUCAUAUGCUCCGGUUAAAAAAUAUAUCGCCACGUCUGUGUAAACAGCUUAACUGGUAGAGCAUCAGACUUACAUACCUUUAGUUUCUAUUUGACCACAGUACUACAUGUACCAGAAUGAUGUUCUGGCAUUCUUUUUCCCUCUGUCUCUUAUGUAAUAAAUAUUUUCAGCAAUAAUGUUGCCCUUGCCCUCUUAGGCCCUAUUAUAUGGUCAACAUUCUAUGGGGAAAAAAAUUUUUUUUCAGGCCACUGGGCCUCCCUGCUUUUUAUACUAUCCACUCUGUCUCUGCUCUUCUACAGCUAAAGACAUGCUUUAAUGUGCCACCUCUGUGUUCUGGUUUUUCUCCAUAAUAAAUCUUUAAAAAAUAAUAAUAAAGGGGGAAGUCGGGUGGUAGCGCAGCAGGUUAAGCACAGGUGGCACAAAGCACAAGGACUGGUGUAAGGAUCCCAGUUCGAGCCCCCGGCUCCCCACUUGCAGGGGAGUCACUUCACAUGCGGUGAAACAGGUCUGCAGGUGUCUUUCUCUCUCCCUGUCUUCCCCUCUCUCCAUUUCUCUCUGUCCUAUCCAACAACGACAUCGGUAACUACAAUAAAACAAGGGCAACAAAAGGGAAUAAAUAUUAAAAUAAUAAUAAAGGACAUAUUCUUUAAACUACAUCUUGGGGCUGAGCAGUGGCACACCCCAGAGUGUACACAUUACAGUGCUUAGGUUCACCUACGGGGGGGAAUCUUUAUAAGCAGUGAUGUAAUACUGCAAGUCUCUCUCUUCCCCCUCUGUCUUCCCCUCCUUUCUCAAAUUUUCUGUCCUAUACAAUUAAAAAAAAGGCCGCCAGGAGCAAUGGAUUUGUAGUGCAGGCAUCCAGCCCCAGCGAUAAUCCUGGAGAAAAAAAAAUAAACUGCCCUUUCCCUCCUAUAGUAGGUAGAUAGUUAUCGUUAUUAGGAUUAUUUAAUAUCCUGUGAUGUUACUUCUCUCUGCUGUAUGUGGAACGUUUAACUUCAGAUAUCCUGCCAUACAUUUCCUCAGCACCUUACUUUUGUAGACACUUAAGUACCCAAUCACAUACCCACAUUUUGUGUGGCUAAUAUGCAAAUGUACCAUGUUAGGUGUUAGAAAUGGUAGAGAUGAGUAAGGCGGUAGUGCAGCGGGCUAAGCGCACGUGGUGCAAAGCGCAAGGACCAACGUAAGGAUCCUGGUUCGAGCCCCCAGUUCCCCACCUGCAGGGGAGUCGCUUUACAGGUGGUGAAGCAGAUCUGCAGGUGUCUUUCUCUUCCCCGUCUCUGUCUUCUCCUCCUCUCUCCAUUUCUCUCUGCCCUGUCCAACAGUGACAUCAGUAACAACCACAAUAAUAACUUCAACAAUAGAACAAGGGCAACAAAAGGGAAUAAAUAUUAAUAAAAAAAUUUAAAAAAAUAAACGGUAGAGAUGAAUGAAACAGAACUCAUCUUAGAAUAUUUUGAGGACUAACACCAGCUAAGUACAUAAUGUAGACCAAUUUCAAAUUUACAGCUUGAUGAAUUUUUUAUAUAAUAUAAACAGUUAUUUCCAGCACCCCAGAAGUUUCCUUCAUACCCCUUGACAAUCUAGCUGAUCCUAAAAACCAUUCUUCAGAGUUCUGUUAUUAGAACCUACUACUUUAAUAGCCAUUUAAAUCGGAAUUGUACUCCCAUACUCAAAACCUUAGUGAACAGAAACAACUGGAUCACUGAUUUUUAACCUUAUCCUUAAAAAAAAAAAAACUUUCUUCCCAUCUUAAUAGCAACUUGGAAUUGAUGAUCCAAGCUGGGUAGUACCAAAACUUAUUUACUAAGGGAUUAAAUAAAUUACUGUGUGUUGGAAGGUAGCAUGAAGAAAUAAGAGACUAGAGAAUUUUUUAGAACAUCUAGGUUCAGGUAUUUCUACCACUUAAUUGUUACUUAUUUAUUAGCACAUCACACUUUCUGUGCACCUGUCUCUUCAGAUAUUAAAUACAGAUAAUACCAAGCCUACCUACCUCAUAAGGUAUGUUGUGUUAAAUAUGAUCAUGCAGAAGAAACAGUAUAAUGCUAGUCAGAUUUUAUUAAUAAACCAAGAUUUGAAUUCUGUGGCUCUGUAAUCCAAACACAUCUAUCUUUCUAUGGAUUAGAUCUUACUAAGAACUUUUAGAGAGGCCAGGCAGUGGUGCACCUAGUUAAGUGUACAUAAUAUAGUGUACAAGCACCCGCUUUCAAGCCCCUGGUCCCCACCUGCAGGGGUGAAGUUUCACCAGUGGUGCAGGUAUCUAUCUCUAGUGCCUCUAUCUCCCCCACUUCUCUCAUUUUUCUCCCUGUCUCUAUGCAAUAAUGAUUUUGUUAAAGGACUUUUAGAUAUGUUUCUCUAGUGUGACUAGAUAUUGAGGACUUUUAGUUGACCUGCUUGAGGACUUUUAUUUGACCUGAUACUCACCAGAACUAUUUUCAUCUGGAUAUGGUCAAGUGAAGAUAUGGUCAGUUACUGACUUCCAUUUCUGAAAUUUUGUGAGUCUUACUUGUUUGUUUUAGAAAGUUGGACAUGAAUUGACAAUAGUUUGACUAAAUACUAUAGCGAAUGAAGUCACUAAAAUUUUGUUUUCAGAAAUUUGAGUAUAAAAAGCACAAAAUGAUAAUGAUACUUGUGCAUCACAUGUAAUAGAAAUUUUCAUGUUAUUCAACAUUGUAAGCCCAGGAUUGGGAAGCUACUCAGAUAAAUGUAUGGUUUGUCUAUACCUAAUAUGCCCUUGUUUAUCAGAAACUUAGUUAAAUUAGUACUUUAAUAAAUACAUCUCUGCAGAGUUUAAGGCACAGACUUGACAUGUGGUAACACCAAAUCUCCAAAGUAAUCAUGUCUAAUUUUUUUCAUGCAGUCAAAAAAAGUUAUGACAAUUCUCAUUAGAAAAAUAGGUAUUUUAAAACAAUUUUUUCUAUUUUAAAUGUGGCUUUAGGAGAACUAUCACAUGCUAGUAAUUACCCUUGUAAAUAGAUAAGAUUUAUCAUGCUCUAAUAUUUUUCCCACUGGUAUCCACAAACUGUUUAGUAUUAUAUUAGACUUUGCAAAAUUUAAAGAGUUACAAAUAAAAGUUACUAGCUAUCUAAUACAUAAUAAUUAGUGCAAAAUGUUGGUGCUUCAACAAAUCUAGUUUCCAAAUAUGCAAGCAGAUAAAUAGCAUUCAUCUUCUUAAACCUUAUAAUCUAUAAUUAACCAUGAAACAGCUGGAGUACUUGGAAUCUAUUUGUGAAAUUCAGUCCAGGAAAGGUCAUUUGUUGACACACCUGAUUUUAUUGGAUAAUUAGUGGAUAACUAUUACAGUUUAGAUAGUUUUUAGAUGAGAGAGAAAGGAAAGCAGAGCAUAUGGGAAAUGGGCAUUUUUAAAUGCAUAGUUCAGACUCUUUAGAGAUAGGUGACUUCGGUUUUAAAAGAAUGUACUGCUGACUGUGAGUCCAGAUCCCUGCAGAAUAGCACUAUCUUUUUUUUUUUUUUUAACUGUACUAAAUAUUUUUAUAUGUUGGAUGACUGAAAUGAAUUUUGAGGCACAGAAGAAACUGAUUAUGAAGUUCUCAGGUAUACUGAUCACUUACUUAAUGUUAAAUGUGGUAUCAUGAUGCAAUCUUUUUUUUUAAAGGGCCAAAAGGCCCUUUAUUGUACAGAUUAUUUUGUUACCUUUGUAAAAAUAUCUUUGUAUAUUGGUUUGUCUUGAUAACAUAAUAAAUGAACACAAUUAUAAAACCCUUACUAAAAA